ACCUGCUGGAAACACUUUGAAGUAUCAACAAUGAACUUGAUGUUAACAUUAUUCUUCUCUGGAAUAGUUGGCUGUUGUGGUCGCUCCACUGGUGAUUUGGUAUCCAGGUUACUUCUCGUGUCCUUUGAUGGCUUCAGGGCUGAUUACUUGGAAACCUAUAAACUUCCUCAUCUCCAGGAGUUCAUUAAGGAUGGUGUGCUUGUAAAAGAAGUGACAAACUCUUUUAUCACCAAGACUUUCCCAAACCAUUACACCAUAGUGACGGGUUUAUAUGAGGAGAGCCAUGGCAUCGUGGCUAACGACAUGUAUGACCCAGAUGCUCAGAAGAAGUUUUCACAGUUCAAUGAUUCAGAUGCCUUCUGGUGGAACGAAGCAGUCCCGAUUUGGGCAACAAACCAACAGCAGGGAAAUGGGGCAAGUGCUGCUGCCAUGUGGCCUGGUAGUGAUGUAAAAAUUAACGACACGACCCCUCAGUUCUUUAUGAAGUAUAACUUCUCAGUUACGUUUGAGGAGAGAGUGGAGAAAAUUGUGGCAUGGCUGAACAGCUCUAACCCAAUAGUCAAUUUUGCUACGUUAUACUGGGAAGAACCAGAUGCAAGUGGGCACAAAUAUGGCCCAGAUGACCAUGAGAACAUGCGCCAAGUAUUAGAAGAAGUGGAUAAUCACAUUGGUUUCCUUACUGAUAAAUUGAAGGCCUUUGGUUUGUGGGACACUAUUAAUAUCAUCAUAACAAGUGAUCAUGGAAUGGCAUCGUGUUCUGCAAACAAGCUGAUUAUCCUGGAUGACUGCAUUGGUCGCAAUAACUAUACUCUGAUAGACAGGACUCCAGUUGCUGCAGUGCUGCCAAAGCAGAACAAAAGCGAUGUCUACAACUUACUGAAAAAAUGCAGUAGUCACAUGAAAGUGUAUCUCAAAGAAGAAAUUCCAGACAGAUUUCAUUAUCGUCACAAUAAGAGGAUUCAGCCCAUAAUUCUGGUUGCAGAUGAAGGUUGGACAAUUGUACAAAAUGAGUCAUUUUCAAAAUUAGGUGACCACGGCUAUGACAACGCUCUCCCGAGCAUGCACCCAUUCCUGGCCGCUCGCGGGCCAGCUUUUCACCGGGGUUACAAGCAGGGCACGAUGAACAACGUGGAUAUUUACCCCAUGAUGUGCCACAUCCUGGGGCUGACGCCGCGGCCGCACAACGGCACUUUUAGUAACGCCAAGUGCCUGCUCGCUGACCAGUGGUGUGUCAAUCUUCCCGAAGCUGUUGGGAUAGUUAUUGGGGCUUUAACCAUACUGACUUCUUUCACCUGCAUUCUAAUCAUCUCAAAGAAGAAAACAGCUGCCCCACGGCCCUUUUCCCGACUUCAAUUACAGUCUGAUGACGAUGAUCCUUUAAUUGGAUAG